AUUUGAUACCCGUACACGACGACAGUGAGUCCAGUUCCUAAGCCUCUGUUGGUAAUUAAUUUUGUCAAAUCCCUAAUACUAAACGCUAAUUUUGACUUUGUGGUUAAUUUGGAAAUCAACUUCGAAAUAUAGAAUUUGGGCGGUUCAAUAAUUUCUCUCUCCUCUCAAACAAACUUUUUUUUCAUUUUUUUUUUCCUCUGUCUUUCUCAUUUUCUCUCUCCUCUCCUCUCGCUCUAUCGAAUUCUUUCGUUAAUGGCGAUCUGAGAGGAAGAGAGACUAUCAUAAAUUUACAUUAAUUUACGAAUUACACGAAUCUUGGGAUUUUUUUGCUGAUUAUUUUUAGCUUCGUUUUUAAUUUUUGUAAAUUAUUUGUUUGAAAUUAUAAUGGCUGCAUUAGAAUCCCUUGAUUCGUUUUUGUUUGCUGCUAGUCGAGCUUGUCUUACCCCCAUUGCCAUAUUCGUUCAGAUCCAGGGAUGUUUAAUCUGUCUAGUUUUAGCAUUUGGGUGGGCCUGCGCUGCUCAUGUCAGGAAUAGAGAAAUAAAACGCAUGAAAAAUGAAUUGAGGAAAGGAAAUAGCUUUGGUUUCCUUUGUCAUGACAUUACUGAGCUUGAGCACUCUUAUCAAGUUAAUCUGCCAAGAGUCACAGUUGUUAUGCCUUUGAAAGGAUUUGGAGAGCACAAUUUGCAUAACUGGAAAAGUCAGAUUACAUCCCUAUAUGGUGGGCCUAUAGAGUUUCUUUUUCUUGUAGAAAGUACUGAAGAUCCAGCAUAUCACGCUGUAUCUAGGCUUAUAAAAGAUUAUCAGGAUGAACUUGAUGCUAAGAUUAUAGUGGCAGGCUAUUCAACCACUUGCAGUCAGAAGAUUCACAAUCAACUUGUUGGUGCAGAAAAAAUGCAUAAAGAUAGCAAGUAUAUACUGUUUCUAGAUGAUGAUGUUAGACUUCACCCAGGAUCAAUAGGUGCUCUCACGGCUGAAAUGGAAAAAAAUCCCGAGAUUUUUAUUCAAACUGGUUAUCCACUUGAUUUGCCUUCUGGGAGCUUAGGAAGUUACUGUAUAUAUGAAUAUCACAUGCCUUGCUCUAUGGGGUUUGCUACUGGUGGGAGAACAUUCUUCUUAUGGGGUGGUUGCAUGAUGGUAAGUAGUCACAGUAUUUGCAAAUGGUACACACACUACAAUUUUUUUUUUCCUGAUUUCCUACAAUCUCAGAUGCAUGCCGAUGACUUCAGAAAUGACAACUAUGGUGUAGUCUCAGAACUCCAAGAUGGUGGAUAUUCUGACGAUAUGACUCUUGCAGCUAUAUCUGGAGCUCACAAAAAACUCAUAACAUCUCCUCCAGUUGCUGUUUUCCCUCAUCCACUUGCAAGUGAUCUUAGUUUCUCCAGGUACUGGAACUACUUGAGGAAGCAAACAUUUGUUCUAGAAUCAUAUGUGUCAAAGGUUAAUUGGAUCAUGAAUCGCGCAUUAUUUUCUGUGCACUGUUACUUCUCAUGGGGAUUUGUGGCGCCAUAUGUCAUGGCUGUGAUACAUGUUGCAGCUGCACUUCGGAUGCGGUGUGGAGCUUACUCAAUUGAGGAUGAAUUUCUUAUUUCUGGUGGGUGGUUAUUUGUGGGCUGCCUUGCCACAUGCACUGCUAUUGAGUUGCUUUCUAUGUGGAACUUGACAAGGAUUGAAGUUCACUUGUGCAACUUGUUAUCCCCUGAGGCACCGCCUUUGUCACUUGCUACCUACAAUUGGUGUCUGGUGUUUGUUGCAAUGCUUGUGGACAACUUUUUAUAUCCUAUCUCUGCGCUGAGAUCUCACUUCUCACAAUCUAUUAAUUGGUCUGGUAUAAUAUACUACUUGAAGGAUGGGAAAAUAUACAAGAUUGAUAGAGGGAAAGAUAUCGGACCAACACAUUCAGACCUCAGUGGAAAGAAUUUGUAUGGGAAAAGAGGAUCUCCACCCAAAACUUCAUUUAUCAGUUCAUUAGCAAGAACGUUGGUACAGUGGCGGCAGCCCAAAAAAUACGAUGUGUAGGAUCAUUAAUAGCAUAAAUGACAAGGUUGCAUUUAUUCCAGAUGCAAGGGACUUUGAAGCAAUAUUUUUUUUUGUGAAUGUCACCCUUGCAUGUCAAUUUGGCCAUUCUUAUUGAUUGAUUCAUGCAUUAGAAUUCUUCAUUUUUUGAUUCUUCAGCCAGUUUGAUAUUUGGCUUAAGGUGAUUUUUUGUAAUUUGUAUCAAUAUCAUUGUGUAGUUUUUAUCAGUGUUAAAAUUUCCUUGUACCAUUGUAAAGUUCUGAAUGUUCAGUUUUUCAGGUGAUAAAAUAGUUGUUUGAUUUCAUCUUUGUU